GCAGAGCCAGUUUAACAGUGUUACUGCGACCGCCCUGGCUGGAAGGCACUAUAAAGUAUACCAGCCUGCCAGCUCCCUGUAUCAGCACCACACAGGAACACACCUUUCAAAAAUAUUCACAGACAGGAAGAGAGGGGGAGAAGGGGUAAGCUACAUGCUGUAGCUGUCCAGUGUCCCUGAGGGGAAAGUACAUAAGACACCUCCCUCCCCUCAUAUUUAACACCCCCCUCAUGAAUUCUCAAGACUAAAUUCUACAUUCUGAGGGAGAGAGUAAGACUAAAGAGAGAGAGGGACUGUACUGUACAUUAACUGUCUGUAUGGUACAGACUCUAUAACACUGUCAUGGCUAGGGCUAGGGUCAGGCAUGCAGGAGUCUGCCUGCUGCUUCUGCUGAUCGUGGCACUGGUUAUCAGUGCUGACGCAGAAGCAGAGAUGCGAAGAAAGAAUCUCAGGAGACAGAAGAGAGAAUGGAUCCUGCCUCCUGCUAAAAUCUACGAGAAUACAGACUACACAAAAAGAGAGUACAUUGCCAAGAUCCGCUCUGAUAAGGACAAAGAGGCGAAGGUGGAGUAUUACCUGGCAGGGAAGGGGGCUGACAAACCCCCCUUUAACCUUUUUAUUGUCAACCCCGAGAACGGCUUUGUACGCAUCACUGGCAUCCUGGACCGGGAGAAAUGCCCCAUGUACAACUUGACUGGAGUGGCCAGGUACAGAAACGGGACCUUGGCGGAAGCAAAUAUUCCUCUGCAGAUUCAUGUCAUUGAUCUGAACGAUAACUCACCUUACUUUGAGCUCCACUCUGGGUCCAUCGCAGAGUCCAGCAAAGCAGGCACAGAAAUCAUGCAGAUCAUUGGGAAAGAUGAUGAUCAGGAGGGGAGCAUCAACUCUAAGAUCCAUUACAAGAUCCUCAGCCAGAAACCAGCAGGGUCCGGAGGCAUGUUCACCAUCGAUGAGAAUACAGGGAAACUCUUCGUCAAGUAUGCCACACUGGACAGAGAGACUCACGAUUCGUACACUAUAAUUGUCCAAGGGACAGAUAUGGGCGGGGCAGCUGGAGGCAACACGGGAACAGGAACUGUGGAAAUAAAGGUCCUGGACAUCAAUGACAACAUCCCCACACUGGAGAAGGGGCAGUAUGCAGGAAACGUUGACGAGAACAUUGCUGAUGUCAUUGUGAUGAGGAUCAAAACAGUGGACAGAGAUCUAGAACACACAGAUAACUGGCGGGCCGUCUUUCACAUCACCCAAGGCAACGAGGACGGACUCUUCUCCAUCGAGACGGACCAAGACACCAACGAAGGCAUUCUGAAGCUGAUCAAGGCAGUAGAUUUUGAGGAAGUCCAGAAAUUAGAACUUGGAAUAGUCAUUGAGAACGUAGCUCCUUUUGUUGUAGGGAGUGCUGUAGCGAUGGAUGUGGAUGUUUAUGCUGGGGGGGGAGGGCCUGGAGCUGGAACUGGAGAUGGGGCUGGAGCUGGGGCAGGCGCUGGAGCAGGGGCUGGUGUUGAAGUAGGAGUGGAUGUUGGGGGAGAUGUGGGGGUGAAUGCAGGGGUGGAUGUGAAUGUAGAUGCUGGAGCUGGGCCCGGGGUAGGUGUUGGGGCUGGGGUUAAACCAGGAGUUGUGCCUGGGGUUAAGCCUGAUCCCAAUGGGAAGCCGAAACCAAAGCCAAAGCCUAAAGGGGGGAAGAACUACCCGAUUUCGAUCGCAGUUAACAACAUGCCGGAAGGUCCAGCAUUUAAGCCCAGCACCAAACCUGUGCCUGUCUCUGAGGAUCCCAACAAAAUGCCGAAGGAUGGAGUGAUCGCCUCGUACCCUGCUGUGGACGGAGAUACAGGGGAGCCUGCUGAGGACGUCAGGUAUGCCAAAGCCUAUGACCCAGACAACUGGGUGACCAUCGAUGACAAGACAGCUGAGAUAAGACUUAUCAAGACGCCAGAUCGAGAGUCUAAGUUCUUGGUGAAUGGGACAUACUUUGCUAAGAUACUCGUCAUUACCCAAGAUAUGCCCUCUAAGACAGCCACGGGCACCAUAGCCAUCCAGGUCCAAGACUCCAACGACCACUGCCCCAUGCUGACUACUACCUAUGAGAGCGUGUGCUCGGGCAAACAUACGGUCAACGCCAGCGCGUUCGACGAGGAUGUCUCGCCCAAUGGAGCUCCGUUCACCUUCACCGUGGUGGCUGAGGGGACACGUGGCAAAUGGGAAAUAGAACACAUCAAUGGCACGACUGCUGUCUUGCGAUCUACUGAGGCAUUAUGGCCGGGUGAGUAUGAGGUGAGGGUGGUGGUAGCAGACGAGCAGGGCCUGUCCUGCCCUGAGCCACAGGUGUUCAAGGUGGAGGUAUGUACCUGUUUGGAGGGGGAAGACUGUGGCUCCAGGACUAUCCGUUUACGCCAAAAGACCACCGACGCCAUAAUUGGUACCCCUGCCAUCGGACUGCUCAUCUUAGCCAGCUGUGUUCUGCUACUGGUACCUCUGAUGCUGCUGUUCUGUCAGUGUAGAGGAGCCUUCGCUGACCAGUUCACUGACCUGCCGUUCGAUGCCAAGGAAUACCUCAUAUCCUACCACACUGAGGGAAAGGGAGAGGAUAAGGAGGUGCCCCUACUCAGUAUUCCUACAACCGUAACUGAUGGAAGGACUACACUAGGAACAGGAUCAAUUCGGCCAGCAAACAUCGCCACAAAAUCCUCACGUAAUACUACAAACAAUAUACGUCAGAGCAGUGGGGUCUCCAGUGAGGACAUGCAUACACUGCGUCGGGAGCAGAGCCACAUGGGUAUGGAGAUGGACUACACCUAUGGACUCCAGAAUGGUGGAGGCUUUGAGGCUAGUAUGGGGCUGGGAAGCAGCACCAUGCAUUCCAGAUACGCCACACACACCUCACAUGUCAAACAAGAUAUCUAUGAAGACAUGGCACUCCCAUGUACUUUCCUGGAUGGCUACUACUCACAGAAAGUGACAUGUGCAUCUCAGAACCCUCCACUGAAAGACAGUAAGUUGGUGUAUGACUACGAGGGCCAGGGCUCUCCUGUCGGCUCGGUGGGAUGCUGCAGCCUCCUGGAAUCUGACAACGACCUCCAGUUCCUCAAUGACCUGGGGCCAAAGUUCAAGACCCUGGCUGACAUCUGCUCUCCUCCAAAACCUCAACCCAAACCUAGAAUGGUGGAGCGCAUCUUCGAGCCAAAACACCCCGAAAUCAAAAGAGAGAGCAUCGUCACCGCCAGCAAUGUCAACAUCACCAAAUCUUCCAUUAGAAAUGUCAAUAUCAACCAAUCGUCCACCAGCACCAGCAGAGUCAAUAUCUCCCAAACACCUCCCACCAGUCCCCCUGCCACUGGGGUUAGUAACUUCUCUAACAGUCAGUCCGCUACUUUCCCACCGCCCCCUACGCAGACGAUUCUGCUGCAGCAACAGCCUAUGUACUACACCACCAUGCAGCCCAUGGUGCAGCCCCUGAUGCAACCCAUACAGUAUGUACUGGCUGAUGGCGGCUCUACCACCAACCUAAAGCGUAUGGUAGUGCUCAACGGGCCCCCUGUGUCUGAAAGCAUGGGAAGUCUGGGAGGCCUUGUCAUCCAAGGCAACAGGGUCAUAUCAGAGACCUCCACUAGCCCCAUCAGUCCCAGUACCCCAGGAAGCCCCACCAUGCUGGGGCUGGGUAGUCCCAGAAGCCCUGGGUGGAUCCAAGGCUCCCUACCCAGGGGUGGCCUGGGUGAUCUGUCUGUAGUGGGGCACAGCCCUGAUGGUAACUAUGUUUACAUGGAAAGGCAGGUUAAUGUAAGUGGAGAGCCACAGGUGGGGUCUGGGGUCCCAGGUGUACCUUCUCAGGGCAGUUUGCCCAGGGGUGCAUUCCUGUUGAAGGAGGCUGCUCCCCCUCAGGGGUUUUUAGGCCUGGCAGCCCAGGGUGUGGGUGGGGGUGGUGGAGGUGUGUAUGGCGUUAUGCCAGGACACACCUUUACAAGGGUGAGGCAGGUUGGGGGUGGGCCUAUUGGGGUUGGGCCGGCUGGAAUGGGGCAAGGGGGGAUAGGGCAGAUAGUUAUAGGAUCGCAGGGACUCCCAAUGUGGGUGCCACUGAGCCCCCCAGGGGGUAGUCGUGGACAGAUGGAGGGGGCAGCGCCAACAGGUGAUUCUCAACCAACUCCGGUUACUGUUGAAAUACCAGAUUCCAGAGUGGCAGAGAUUGAGAGGAAACUGGUGUUUGAGGGCCAUAGUGAGCCAGGUGAGCAAAUAGAGGAGGAGGAAGAGGAAGGGGAGGAAGAGGAGGAGGAAGAAGAGGAAAAGCAGGAGGAAGAGAAUGAGGAAGAGGAGCCGUUAGAACAGACAAAAGAAACAGCUGUGACUGAGGAAGAACCCGUAACUUUAGCUUUGGCCUCAGAGCCAUCAACAGAACAGGUUGAGCCAUCUGAGUCACUGGAACACAAACUAACAUACCAAUCCAUUGAGUCAAGCCAUCCAACAGAUGAAGAUGCAUCAACUCAAUUAAAUGAAGUCUCUGGAGCUCUCAAUGAAGAAGGCCUAGUUGACUCUGAGGACCAGCUGUCCGAUGAGGAUGUGUCCAUGGUCGUCGAGGCCUCCUCAGAAGAAGCAUCCAUGUCCGAAUCAGACAUUAUAGAUUUAGUUGGUACAGAUCAGCCAACUGAGGAUGAAGACUCUAUAGAUCUAGUUGGUACAGAUCAGUCAGCCGAGGAAGAAGACAUUAUAGAUCUAGUUGGUACAGAUCAGCCAGUCAAGGAAGAAGACAUUAUAGAUCUAGUUGGUACAGAUCAGCCAGCAGAGGAAGAAGACAUUAUAGAUCUAGUUGGUACAGAUCAGCCAGCCAAGGAAGAAGACAUUAUAGAUCUAGUUGUUACAGAUCAGCCAGUAGAGGAAGAAGACAUGAUAGAUCUAGUUGGUACAGAUCAGCCAGUAGAGGAAGAAGACAUUAUAGAUCUAGUUGGUACAGAUCAGCGAACGGAGGAAGAAUCAACAGAACUGACUCUGGAAGAGGAAGUGGUUUCAGAAUCGCAGGAAUUUCAGCUAACGGUGGAUCCAGUCACUAACAGUCAACUAGAGAAGGAUAUUACUGAGACAGAAGAGAUGAUGGUAUCAGAAGCACAGCAAGAUCCGGUCACAGUUGAUGAUAUCACUGAUAGCCAAGAGGAGGGUACAGCUGAGGAGGAAAUUAUGUCACAGAUUCAGUUAGAUGAGCUCACAGUAGAUAGCCUAACAGAUAACCAGGAAGAGGAAGGGAAGGCACAUGAAGAAGUUUUCUUAAAAUCAGAAUUGCUCAUAGCGGCUUACAGUGCACUUGAUGGACAAGAAGAAGAGGGUAGUCCUGAGGAGGAAUUGAUGUCAGAGUUGCAGCAGAAUCAGCCAAUAUCACAUAGCGACACUGAUGUCCAGGAGGAGGGAAGUCAGGGAGAUGAGGAGGCAGCGCUGAGUGCUCAGAUAGGAGAGGUGAAGGGAGAGAUGGAGGAAGAAGUGGAGGAAGAGAUGGAGGGAGAAGAGGAGGAAAAGGUGGAGAUGGAGGAAGAGCUAGAGGGAGAGCUAGAGUCUUCCCAGGCGACAGAGGAGGAGGUGGAGGGAGAGGUGGAGUCUUCCCAGGCGACAGAGGAGGAGGUGGAGGAAGAGAUGGAGGGAGGGGUGGAAGAGCUGGAGGGAGAGCUGGAGGGAGAGCUGGAGGGAGAGGUGGUGGGAGAGGUGGAGUCUUCCCAGGCAACAGAGGAGGAGGUGGAGGAAGAGAUGGAGGGAGGGGUGGAAGAGCUGGAGGGAGAGCUGGAGGGAGAGCUGGAGGGAGAGGUGGAGUCUUCCCAGGUGACAGAGGAAGAUACUUCUGUGGUACAGAGUGAAGCAUUUGAUGAGUCAGCACCAGAACAGGAGUACACAGAGGUAGAUCAGGACAUAGAGUCAUCAGAAGAGACUGAAACACUAGACUCAGAGAACAUAGAGGACAUACCAAGCCAGUAUACUACAGGCCUGAUGCCAACGUCAGGUGAUGGAAUGAUAGACGAGGGCACUGUUGUUAGGGAGAGCCAAGUUUCUGUUGAUCAAGAUUUAUCUGGAGGCGCAUACUUAGUGACUGUGGAGGGUGAGGUGGAGUCUGUUGAACUAGUAGCAGAAGAAGCAGUUUGUUCAGCCCUAAAGGCUACAGGUGAUGUAGAGGAAUCUGAAGAGGAUGAUGAGGUGGAAGAGAGUCUGGUCACCUCUCGCCAAAUCGUUGAAGUCAAAACACUAAGAGAAGAAGUAGACGAUAGUGAGAAUGUUGUAGGAGAGGAGAUGGAGUCUGCUGUUGAGACAGUUGCGGAAGUAGAGGCUAGUGCUGACCAACAGACAGAGUCCACAGUAGCUACAGAAGAGAUUGAGUCCCCUAGCGAAGAAUUGGCCGAGGACCUAGAGGUGACCUCUUCAACACCAGAGGCUACAGGUGAGGUUGCUGUUGAGGCAGGUGAGGCUAUAAAUGCAGUGGCAGAUGCAGCAGUGGAUGAUACAGUAGUGGAGGCUGCGGGUGAGACAUCAGGUGAGGCCGCAGGGGCGGUUGGUGGGUCAGAACAGGCCCCAAAGACAUUGGCUUCAUCUUUCCGUAGCAAAUUCAGGAUGGGCUCCAAGAAAGAAUAUACUCCCAAGAGUCCAAAGAGUCCCACGGCAAAGUGCAAACAACAGUGAGAGCUCUUUGCACUCAGCCAUAAUGCGGAGAAUAUUUUUGUAUAUAUUUGACUUUCUGUUUAUAGGUUUUUGUUCAUUGGUUUUGCUUCACAGGUUUAUGUUUGUCAGUCAUUGUUUUCUCAAUCAUAGAUGAUCUUUUAUGUAAAGCAGUAUGUUGGGUCUUUCAGCUUUUGUGGUUCUGGUCAAAAGUAGUGAACUGUGGCGCAGCGGUCUAAGGCACAGCAUCUCAGUGCAAGAGGCAGUCCCUGGUUCGGUCCCUGGUUCCAAUCAAGGCUUUAUCACAUCCGGCUGUGAUUGGGAGUCCCAUAGGGCAGCACACAAUUGGCCAGCGUCGUCUGGGUUUGGCCGAGGGAGGCCGUCAUUGUAAAUCUGAAUUUGUUCUUAACUGACAUGCCUAGUUAAAUAAAAAACAUAGGGAGACACUGUGGCCUGUGGUUCUCAUAGGUGUCAUAAAAUAUCAUAUCAGUUGUGAUUCCCCUUGAGGAACUGAGAAAAUAACAAUGAAAACAAACACGCAGAAACCUGCAGAGCGACUUCACACAUUAACCACAAAACUCUCUAACCACAAGUCAGGAAACCAGCACACCCAUCUAUUACCACAGACUGUCACGUUUUAUGUGCAAAUACUCUGAUCAACUCUUUUCCAUACCUUUUAACACCUUUAUACAUCACACCAUUUCUGUUCCUCCAUAGUUUCCCACUCCUGUUCUAAUAGCCCCUCUGAUGGUUAUGACAGUGCAUGACAGGUUGAAGAAGCUAAAUGGAUGUAUUGUCAAUGUUCUGCAGAGUAGUGAACAGGCAAUUACUGCUUUAUGAACCAACCUUCAGAAGUUGGCAGAUGUGAAAUAUAGAUGAGUUUGUUUCUGUUUGUAGGAUUUUGUUCAUUGGUUUUGCAUCACAGCUUUAUGUUUGUCAGUCAUUGGUUUCUCAAUAAUGGUUGGCCUUUUAUGUAAAGCAGUAUGUUUGGUAUUUCAGUUUUUGAGGUAUAUGGUCUUAUUUCAGCCUUUACUACAAAGUCAAUGGGGUGUCAGCUUUUUUCAAACAGAAACUACUUAAACAUCAUUAUUGUAAAUCACAAGACAGAGUGGGGUAUGUUUAGAUAAGACUGCGUUUGUAUGGGGGAAAAUAAAUGUGAACAAAUAUGUACAAUUUAUCCUGCAUCAUCAUAUACUAUAUCACUGGGAAUCACUACACAGACACCAACACAGACACCAUUGUUUUUGUUAACAAUGAUGGAAUGCCAACAAUGGUUUGAUGUUUGAAACUUCUGACGUUGAAUGUUGUUUCCUUUUUUUAACAAAUAUAAUAAAUUAAAUAAAUUGUCUGAACACAUUA